AUGAUUGGAAAUUGGAUUCCGCCUUAUAAUUUAAAUAAAGACGACAAUGGCAGGUGUCAAAAAUAUAAAACAAUAGAAAACGAAGAUACUCAAUUAAAAAAUAGUAAUAGUCCUGAUGAUAAUUUUGAACAAACGAAGAAAAACCCAGGUGUGAAUGACAUUAGUUGGGAAAAAGUUUUAAAUAAAGAUUGGGGAGAAAGAGUUGAAUUGCAUGACGUUUCACAUUAUUGUGAUGAUAAAUUAUUAUGGGGAAUAGUGACACCAGGAUCUUUUGGAUCUUUAAAAUUAUGGAUUAAUGAUUAUGGUAAUUUAUGCGGAUCAGCCGAUGGUAAAAUAUGUAAAGAAGGAAGUGCAGAAACGACAAUAAUCACCAUUAAUAGUGCUGAUCUUGUAAAGAAAAUGCUUAAUUUAAGUAAUAUUCAAUGGAAUUCAUUGAUCGAUGUAAUUCUUCGAAACAAAUCUUCAUUAAAUUUUGAUGCUUUUAACAGUGUAGAUGAGGAUAAGAUGAAUUCUUUAGAUAAAUUAUGGUUUUAUAUUUGCAAAAGAAGACAUUUUCUAUCAGAUCAAUGCAUGCUUGUUAAAUUAAGCGGUGCUGUUAAAUCGUUAAAAGAAUUCAAAAUAAUACCAAAGGUAAUCGUUCAAGAUAUUAGAAAUAUAAAUGGUCAUCCUAUUACAUAA